CUCUGCUGUUUGCUGAUGGAACAGAAGGUCCUCAGUAAGUCCUCCAUGGUGUCCAGAUUGCCAAAAUUUGGUGCCCGUCCUGUCAAUGGUACCUCCUCAUCCCUUCCCAAUGGUACGACCCAGACUGCGCUCACUCAAGAGGACAAGAAUCCGCCAGCUAGGCCAAAUGGUGUGGUCAGAGCCUCCUCCUAUUCCAUGAAAUGGAGGAAGGAUAGUGGUGGGCCGGUGGACCCUUCAAACCCAGUCGAGGGCACAAUACCAGAAGAGAAGAAAGUUCGCUCCCAACAUUCUCCAGGAAGUAGGGAGUUAAAAAGCCCUUCUACUACCGCAUCCAAAGUGCACAGAUCUGCUGCCUCAUUGUCUACUGGAAGCCCCAAACCUGCACCCAAAUCCCCUAAAUCCAUCCCGAGUCAUAAACCAAAGUCUCAAAACUCUAAAAUCACCCCAACCUCCAAAAGUCAGGACCUAUCCCAAAAAAGCUCAGGCUCCAGGCCAACUCAAAAUGGGACUUCAUUUCUGGGGUCUUCACCGAGCCAAGCAAGCCCUUCAGGGCUUCAGCAUCCAAGAGCAAACUCUAGCUCUACUCGAAGCACCUCCAGAGACCACCGUUUGUCCCAGUCCAACGACAGCCUCUCACGGCAGUUGCUCAUGCCUGACUACAUGGUGCGUUCUCAGAGCUUCACUCACUUCAAACAACUGCCCUCACCAACGACCACACCCAUGACGCGCUCCUACUCUUUCAACAAGGCAGUGGAGCUAGCCAAACCGCUUGCUAAUACACAGCUUCGUCCUCCACGAACAGUUGGACUCAAAUCUCCUUUGAGCUUAAGCAAAGGCCAUCUAGUGUUCGGAUUGGGUGGCCUGGGAUUUGGAAAGGGGAUAACAGAUAGACUACCUGCUGGGACUCCUUCUUCAGAGAGUUUAACUCCUCCUAAUUCAAUAAAAAGGACUCUUGUGCCUAACUCUGUGCUGACAAAUCCCUCAUUACAGGCCUACAAGCUAAAUCGACCAAUUCCUUCCAAACUGCAUUGCCCUCUAGUGGUUGGGAGGAGCCCAAUGGAAAGUGACGUUAUUACUCCGCCUCUCACUCCCGAGUUGCUCCAUUGUGCCACAAAGAAUGCAUCAGAUUCCCCAGAGGAGCCUGUGACAGAGCUAGGGCUGGAUGGGAACCUCAGCUACACUGUGGAGGGAAUGGAGGACAUGUCUCUCUCUUCUGCAUCUUCUCUGGAGAGGAAUGACACCAGUGAAGAGUUUCUAGAUGACUUUGAUAAUCUAGGGAAUCAGUUGCAGAAUGGCAUUCCUCAAAACAAAUAUGCUGUGGCCACACCCACCCAAGUUCGCCUGCAGGGCCUCUUAAAAGAGACCAUGGACUGGACUGGGAUUGGUCUAGCGGGUGGCAAGGCAGAUUUAAUGGGUGGUCUGCUCCGUGGGCCGCUGCUCAUGUCCCCUGACAUGGAUCGUCAUGCGACCUCCUCUCUGGAGCUCUCCCCCUCUAACAGCUCUGGAGGAACAUACAUGUGGGAUGAGGAGGGCAUGGAGCCGCUGGGGCACAACACACUCAUACACCGUUGCAGCAGUUAUGAGUCAGACCUCAACAGCAUUGGCAUUCUGAACAACUUGGAUAACACUGGCUCAUGUGAUCUGGAAAAUGAUGACCUCAUGCUUGAUGUGGAUCUGCCAGAGGACGGGGCCUUACUCCAUGAUGGGAUGGCCCACUUUGAGCGCUCUGACAGGGGGGGCCGGCCGGCUCAAUGGAGGAGGAGACAGCAGAGAUGGAGUGGAACGGAUCAUGCUCAUAAUGACAACAGACUGGUCGGGUUUCAUUACGAUCCCUGUCGUGCAGGACCUCGGCCCCUCCAUCCCGCAGUCCAGCAUGACAGUCACACGGUGGCGCUAGAUGAACUCACUCUCAAGCACCUGGCUGAAGACUGCUCGUCUGUCAAGUCCCAGCUGCUCAAACUCAAGAGUAUGCUGCAGAUGGAUGAUGGCGAGAUUUCUCCAGAGAGUUUGGAUUCCAGCGAAGAUGACAGCAGAGCCCAGCAGAUGGAGGAGCUGAUGAAGGAGGUGGCACAUCUCAGGGAAGAGCUGAAAAAUAAAGAUCAAAUCAUCACACGGCUCACUCAUCAACAGCAUCAACAAUCUCCAGUGAGAUGUCCGUGUCAUCAGCAGAAGUCAGGGGUCAAAGGUGAGAGAAGAACUCAUCAUGAUAAAUCCACUCAGACGGUGUGGCGACCGCCCCAUCAUCACCCCGCUCCUCAAAUACUUCAGCCCAUCAGUCGCAUCCCCAAAGAGCCCCUCCUCCAGGGAAAACUAGCAAGAACAGUCCAAAUCGGGGGCCACAAUGAUGCCUGCACCGAAGAGGAAUGGCCUUUUACGUCCUGUCCUCCAGCCCCCUGCACAGAUCCAAUUCUUCCUCCUGAUAAAGACCCUCACGUGGAGUUGAAAUCUUUGCCUGACCCAGAGGAGCUGAGCCGGUUGCUUAGCACCCACCUUCACAUACAAGACAACAAUGAGAAUGACUCACCAGAGGCAGGAGAACAGAUUGUGAGAUUGACCCCUGAAAGCCAUCAAAGCAAACUCCUGCAAACCCCUCACCCCUCGUCCUCCUUCAGCCCGCGCGUCCUGCAGCCUCCACGUCUACACAGACGGGUAAAACUCCCUGCUCUGUCUAUAGGAGGCGGUAGUGGUCCAAACCCAAAACCCAAUCUUCCUCCACCUCCGUCCAGAGGUUUGCCAUGCUUCAGUGCAGGGAACCACGUCAUUACUCGCGGCCGGCUAUCCCAAUCUUGGCCAGCAGUAGUCAGGAGUGAGGCUGACCCACAACGCAAUGCUUCGGUACCGCUCGGUGUCUCCACACGACUUGCAAAGCCAAAGACUCACUGAGCGUUAGCUGCAGCCAUAGACACUGAUAAGGCUACCUCUCUGAACGCAUGAUCACACAUGCGGCUUGCACUAGAUGGUGGUGUUAGUGGCUAGACAACGUUUCAAGCUAAACAAAGCAGCUAAGCUAUCUCAUCUAACUAUGCAACAAAAAGUAGUCACAAUCAGGACAUCUGUCCCACAAAACCACUCUAUCACUUCGAACUAAAAGUCAUUGAUCAUAAUCCUUAACCACUAAGAAACUUUUACCAUUCACAAUUACAUCAUCCAUAAAAACUGAGCUUUUAAUGGACUGAUAAACUGAACGAAAGAUUGAGAUUCAGUCUGAAUGAGAAGGCAAAAGUAGAGAAAAUGAGAACUGGAAAGCACUAAAGAAGUUUUUUUUACUGAUACACAACAAACGUCAAAGACGUGAGUGCUGUGCCAUAGACUUCCUGUGGAGAUUAUUCAAGACCCUCAGUUUGUGGCUAUUUCCUCAAGCGGUGAGCCCUCAGGGCGCCAACUCAUUUAGUGGGUGAAUCUGACGUUUACAUCACCAACCUCCUGAGGUUUAACUGCGAAAACGCAUAUUAUUGUCUACGCAGCCUCACGGAUAUUGUCUUAAAGAGAGAGAGUCAUGUGACCCAAGUCUCCUCUCCAGUUUCCACAGGAAAACUUCUCAGUCUGAUGUGAUUUGAUCUGUUUGUGUAUUACUUUAUGCAUCAUUUCACCUCCUUGUCUGAAUUCACCGCAUAAACAUGAAGAAAACAGUGCAAGCUAAAAUAUCAGUUUCAGCGUUCUCAUUCCUAUGUCCUGUUUUUCAGAGCAACAAAGUCUCCUUGACCUGUAGACACAGUGUUUUGGCAGGAGGGCGCACACGCCGCUGUCAGUGCUUCCUUUAUUUUCACCUUGGCUUCAGUCAUAAUCAGCAGAUUUUCAUUUUAAUUAAGCUUAUGCCUCAUGUAUUAACAAGGUCCUUUUUCUUGAUUAUGGAUUAUGGCAUGCUAAAAGAUUGUUUCACCCCCCAUUAGUUCCAUACUAAAUUGUUACAAGACUUUUAAAUUAUUUAUACAUUAUAAAGAUGUUUACAGUUAAAAUGCCUUGAUAAAGCCAUUCAGUCUGUUCCAGUACUGCAGGAAAUUUUGAGGCAGAAAUACUCUUGCAGUGGAACUUUUAAAUGUACAUUUUUUUAAUUUGUGAAAAAGAUUUUUGUCUUGAUGUUGCACUAACUUAUUUUUGGCUCUGCAAGCAAUGAUACUUUAAAAAAAAACACUUUACUUUGUUGUAAAGUUAGAUUGAUUUGAUAAGGAUGCUUUUGUCCACAGUAGGUGUUUUCCAAGGAAGAUGGUUUUCGGUUUGGUUUCCUUAGGGAAGGUCAGAUUACAUAAAUGUGUCUCAGAAGGUUGAUAAGAUUGUCAAGUUUUUGCGCUUUUGGCAUGCCUUCAUACAUAAUGCUCACAGUAAUACACAAAUAUACAAGAAGAUCCACUGCAUGGAAGCACAUGGACUUGUCCAUACUAUGAUUUUUAAAUAUGCAAGAACCCACCUUUUGUGUGUUUACAGUAUGUGCAAUAUAUGUAUCAGAGUGUAUAUACGUAUCAGUAUAUAUACCCUUAACCUUCAAUGUGGAUGUUUAUUCUAAAGCAAAAGUGAUUUACCUCCAUUUUCCCACCAUACGUGGGGCAUUGGGUAUUGAAGCAUGCUCUCACAUGGGGCACAUAGUUCUAGACGCACCCUAAGCAGCGAUGGGCAGCCAUGUCUAAAACCAACUAAAGUAAAUCAAUAGAAGAAGGAUAUUUGUGUGUUUGUUUCUCUCUCACCCAGCUCUGUGGUUAUACUAAGCAGAAAAUCAAUGGAGGGCUUGUUUUGUAAUUCUCUGAAGGCACUUUGUUUUUAUUUCUCUCUUUCUUUGUCACUAUACGUGUUCGGGAGGAGAGGUCCCACUUAAUACAUUGUCUUCUUGCUAAUGCAAAGUCACAGAAGUACAUUGAUCCUUUCUGCUGUGGUCAGAGGUGAAUCGUUCGUGUCAAUGAGGUGUCUGUUUACAGAUAGGAGCAUCUUCUCUUUCAUUUGCCUCCAAACAAAUGAGGAGAGACCGAAAAAAAAUUGUAGAAUUAAAGGGAUGGCUCACUCAAAAGUCCCUUAUGUCGUUCCUAAGUAUAACUGCUUUCUUCUGUGGAACACAAAAGAAGGUUUCUUUAAAAAUCAUCCUUGUGUUCCACUGAAAAAAAAGAAAGAGUUACAGGUUUGUAAAAACAUUUUCAUUUUUGGAUAAACUGAGAUGCAAAAACUGCAUUGUUUCAGGAAUAUCUGCAAACUGAAAGAUGCUAUUUCCUUAAACAAAUCACCAUUGAGGAGCUGCAGUAAAAAAAAAAAAAAAAAAAAAAAACCCUGAUCAAACCUGGUUGCCUGCACCAUAAUACUAGGUAUUAGAUAUCCAAAUUGCUAAAAUAAAUGCACCCAUACAAAGAAUUUGUGAUGUUGUGUAAAAUAUGUUUAUGACUUGCUGCCCAUGUGUGUAUGCCUUCCUCUGGAUUCUUUUCACCUGGUCGAUUCUUUGAUAGCAUGAAGAUAUCUGGAACAAUAAGCACUUGCCAUGAACUCUUUAAAAAAAAAAAAAAACUCCCAUUUUUUUCCUUCCAUAUAGUUCAUGUCUUGCAAUAUUUUUCACCUGUUGUGACCCGAGAGUAUGCGGCAUUGUCAGAAUGCUACCAUUGCUCCAUUAUAGCUUCAUGAAAACAACAGUUGCCAACCUGUUUGUAUGGACAGAAGAGAUGUUUACUAACAGAGAAAUGUAUUCAAGCACUUUAAAUGACCCGUUUCAGCCUCCACUCUGGAGAGACUGGCAUUUUUGACCUGAUCCGUUUGAUUUGCUGUCAAUUUAUUGUGUGCAACUAUUAUUUGGCUGUUUGUCUUGUUCUGAUGUUCUGUCCCUGUGUGCCCUGGUCCACUGGAAGGUGUGAGACUUUAAUAAAGUGAAGAAAUAUCA